GUGCUUACCGCGGUGUUGGGCCCCCGUCCCACGACCCACCGACGGCUCGCAGCUUUGAGGCCCCUCCCAAUCCCGGGGCACGCCAUGUGACGCGAACACACAAGCACAGCAUAUAUCUGUCUUGAUCGUGCAUCAACAGAUCCCCGUUGUCUCAGUCUCUUUCCACAUUGGUAGCACCAUAAAUGACUCCUGUAUCCUAUUCGGAAUAAGGCACAUCUAUCUGCUGAACCACCGUACGUCACAAAGAAUCAGCGCCAACAAAGCAGCUACGCCUGUAGACAUAUAUUCACCAGAAAGACAUGCCAGCAGGCCAUUCAAACUCCAUUUUCGAGAGCAACCGCAGAGCAGCUAGGGAUGGCGAGGCGUUACUAUGGGGCGCCCUCUGCGACGAUCCCAGCACCGCCGCCGAGUACAUCGAGAAGGACUGCGUCGUGAUGAACCCACUCCUCCACCCAGACAAGUCCUUCGAGGCACUCACAGAAGAGUCAGAACCCACGCUGGCCGAAGCCCUGGAGAAGCUGGCCGUCUCCAAGCACCGGUGGACGAGCUAUGUGAUGCACAGGCAUGACCCCACGCCGGCCACCGCCAAUGUGGAGAUGUUCGCCGUUCAGAUCAUGUACAGGAUGACGCUGAUCCGGGAGACGACCCAUCGACAUCACCAUCAUCAUCAUAACAAUCACGACGACGACAAGGUGGAUGAGGAGAAGAAGAGCAAGCCUGACAUGCAGAAGGUUGAUGCGUUCUGCACGAGCACGUGGAGGCAGGGCUCAAAUGGGGGCUGGAAACUUUGUUCGCAACAGUUGAUACCCAUAUCAUGAUAACUACCUGGGUACCUAGGUAGUGUCCUUUCUGGUGCUCUUCUCCUUUCGGUUUCUUCCUCAUAGAUUUGCUAUUGGUUGAUGUCUAGUUGCAUUUACAUAAACCACAUACCUACCUGGUAGCCAAGUAAAAGCUCUCAAAUGGUAUUAGAAUUUUAUUUAGAAAGAAUGUACUGGUUGGUCCAUG